AUGCCGCCCCGGCUCAGGGCCGUCCGCCUGGCCUCCUCGCUGCUCUCGAAACCGCAUACCUCACCGGUCACACCAUUGCUCGCGCCGCUCCUCGUCCCCGCCCAGCAGCGCUCCGCCUCCAUCCUCUCCUCGCUCUCCGACACCAAAGGCGCGUACAGCAAGAGGAUACGGCGCGGCCGUGGCCCCGCCUCGGGAAAGGGAAAGACCGCCGGACGCGGGCAGAAGGGCCAGCAUGCGCAUGGAAAGGUGCCGGCGGGCUUCCAGGGCGGGCAGACGCCGCUGGAGAUCACGCGGCCGGUGAGGGGGAGGAAUAAAUUCAAUCCGUUCAAGGUCGAAAUGUCGCCUGUCAAUCUCGACCGCAUACAGUCGUGGAUAGACCAGGGCCGCCUGGACCCCUCGAAGCCGAUUACGAUGAAGGAGCUGCACAAGUCGCGGUGUCUGCAUGGCGUCAAGAGGCAUGGCGUGAAACUGCUUGGGAGAAACGCCGAUCAGCUGAAGUCCGCCAUCAACAUCAUCGUAUCCCGCGCCUCAGCCACAGCCAUCGCGCACAUCGAGGCGCUUGGCGGAACGGUAACAACGCGCUUCUACUCCCCGACGGCCAUCAAGCGCGUCCUGAAGGGCGACUCGCACCCGGUAAUCUCGCUCCAGUCCGACGCCGAACUCGUCGCUCGCGCCGCCAGCUCUCUCAUAUCGUCCUCCGUCCUCGAAUCGCUCCAGAAGGCGCUCGCCUCGCCGGACACGCCCCAAGAAGCGAAGCACGAGGCGGUUAGCGCCGUGAUGAAGGCGGUGGGCGAGAAGUACAAGUACAGGCUGCCUGACGCAACGGCGAGAAAGGACAUUGAAUACUACCGCGAUCCGGCGCAUAGAGGGUAUUUGAGCUAUACGGUGAAGGAGGGCGAGAGCCCGAGUUUGUUCUUCAAGACGCCGGGUGAGGCGAAGGACAGGAGGAAGCAGACGGCGCGGAGAGCGGCUGCAAAGGCGAGCGCGGACAACAGGCUGUUCUAGUGGUAUUUGGGGUGUUGAUGCGAGUGUAGGAUACAGGCCGUCAUACUGUAGAUAUAGAUGUACAUUCAUCAAGGGGGUGUUCAAAGCAUGUUCUACUGGCUGUUGACUUGGCCGUGCUCUGCGAAGUCAUAUUCGUCGUCAAGUGACGUGCGAGGGAUUGCAGUGAGGAAUGAGGCCCAUGGACGGGUUUCCACGAUAGUGGAGACGCAAUUGAGGCCUCAGCUUGACGUGGCAUAUGAGCUGGGCGGACUGCAGACUGCGAAGAGUCGCAGAUACAAGAAAGGCUGUACUCUGCAGACAUGCGGCAAGUAGCGGCU